ACACCGGACCAGCCUUCACACAGCACAGUGCGAGCACCAAACGUGUGUGUGUAUCCAACAUACGCUUCCCACGCUGCUCUGAAAAAGAAAAAUAUGGAGAAAAAGAGCGAGAUCAACGGACACGCCAUGCCCAGCUCGGCAUCUACUGACCGGAUCAUGGAGAAAAGCGCGCGGAAGAGCUUCAGGGAGAAGCUGAUGGAGUUUCUGAGGAAGAACCUGCUGGUGAUCAUGACGGUGUCUGGGGUGCUGGUGGGCGUCGGGCUUGGGAUGAUGGUCCGCAACAUGAACCUUACCAAGGCUCAGAUGACCUACUUCGCCUUCCCGGGAGAGAUGCUCCUCAGGAUGCUGAAGAUGAUCAUUCUGCCCCUGGUCGUCUGCAGCCUCGUGUCCGGCGCCGCCAGCCUGGACACUCGCUCCCUGGGCAAACUGGGGGGCAUCGCGGUCGGCUACUUUCUGGUGACCACGCUGAUCGCCUCGGGGAUCGGGGUGACUCUAGCCUUCAUCAUCAAACCCGGCGUGGGAGCAGGAUCUCUGAACACCAACAGCCUGGGACUGGAGAGCGUCAGCAACAACAAAGAGACCACCGACUCGUUUUUAGACCUGGCCAGGAAUCUAUUCCCAGCUAAUUUGGUGGCUGCUGCUUUCCGUUCUUAUGUCACCGACUACAAGAUGGUUGCUUCAGGGAACGACACAAACGGGACCACCCUCUAUCAAAAGGUGCCUAUUGGUACAGAAUCAGAUGGCAUGAACAUCCUCGGUCUGGUGUUGUUUGCCAUGGUGUUUGGCGUGGCACUAAGGAAGCUGGGAGAUGAGGGGGAAGAACUCAUCCGUUUCUUCAACGCUUUCAACGAGGCCACCAUGGUGCUGGUGUCCUGGAUCAUGUGGUAUGUCCCUUUUGGCAUCAUGUUCCUGGUGGGCAGUAAGAUUGUGGAGAUGGAAGAUGUGGUUCUUCUGGUCACUAGUCUGGGAAAAUACAUCUUUGCUUCGGUCCUGGGCCACAUCAUCCACGGAGGCAUCGUCCUGCCCCUCAUCUACUUUGGCUUCACACGCAAGAACCCCUAUAGUUUCCUGUCAGGCCUCAUCACACCCUUCACCACUGCCUUCGCCACUUGCUCCAGUUCAGCAACUCUUCCCUCUAUGAUAAAAUGUGUCGAGGAGAACAAUGGCGUAGACAAACGCAUCAGCCGCUUCAUCCUUCCCAUUGGGGCCACUGUCAACAUGGACGGGGCAGCCAUAUUCCAGUGCAUCGCUGCUGUCUUCAUCGCUCAGCUCAACAAUGUUGAGCUGAACGCUGGACAGAUCUUCACCAUCCUGGUGACAGCCACAGCCUCAAGUGUGGGUGCAGCUGGCAUCCCAGCCGGAGGCAUCAUUACCAUUGCCAUCAUACUGGAGGCCAUCGGCCUGCCGACCAACGACCUGUCCCUUAUGCUGGCUGUUGACUGGGUUGUGGAUCGUACCACAACGGUGGUGAAUGUCGAGGGCGAUGCUCUAGGUGCUGGAAUCCUCCACCACAUCAACCAGCAGGAGAUGAAGAAGCAGCAGGAGCGGCAGCAGCAGGGAGGGGAGCUGGCGGAGGUCCGGGUGGAGGCGGUGGCCAACGUCCAGGCGGAGGAGGAGACCUCGCCGCUCUUCAUGCACCAAACCAAAACCUCAGAGGCCAUGCCGGAGGCCAUCGAGUCUGUCCUGUAAACUCUUCAAGACUUUUCUUUUAUGCCCCCUGACCUUUCGGUACUUCUGAUGUUGCUGCUGACGGGAAACAAUUCUGACUCAGCGUCUUUGCAAAAAACAAGGUGACUGAUGGUUUGACUUGUGAGGAAAAACAAAGUGCCAUAGUAGCAGUCGUUCUAGAGCAUUGGCAGUUUACAGUAUCUCUAGUGCUGCUGUUGUGCUUUCGAAAUUCAGUCAAUCGGUUUCCAUCCAAGAAUUUUACUGCAGAUUAGGAUAUGAUGAAUUCGAGAAUCAUUGAUUUUGAAAACAUUUCCUCAUUCUAGCUGAAAAAACAAAUAUAUAUUUUCACUUUUUUGUAUUUCUUUUUUUUUUAUCAACGUAUUUUGUGAUAAACAGUAAUGAAAACACACUAUGUGUAAAAUCCUUAAAACAUUCCCAUAAAUAUCAUAGUUGUGUUUGUCUGAUGUAAUGUAUGAGAUGCUCACGGCCAUAAGUUUGUACAUUAGAGCACCAUCAAGUGCAUUUCUUUGUUUUUAUCUUCAGACAGCAAAUACAACGACCAACAUUAACUGUAGAACACUAACAACCAAAUGCUGACAAGCCAAAGUGUCUGACACAUGCUUGACAGUAUCCGUCAUAACUUAAUUACACGUUCGGGUUGCCUGUUGAUGCCUGUUAAAACACGACAACUCAGCUGGUGGAAACAUGUAUUUGUAUUUUGUUUGUUCAGCUCAGUCGCUUUACAUUCUUUUCCAGAUGCAAACAUCAAAUUGUGUCUUUCAAAAUCUAAUUAUUUUGAAAAGGGAUCCGUUUGGUCCCAAGUUUAAAGUUGUUGUUUGUUAUAAUUCAGUGAGAUGUUUCUAAGAAGUUCUCAGGCUUUAAUUUGCUGUCAAACAUUAACACUUCAAAUGGCAAGUUAAGAAGUUAGCUUCAUGCAACCUGUUUAUCUAGUGACAAACUGGUCCAGCAAUUGACUAUUCGUGCAUGCAUUGCCAUUAUUAUUUGCUGUGUGGCAAAGCGUUUUAUAUCCCCCAACUAUCCCUAUUUAUUCUUGAGUAAACAGAACAUUUUGGGUUAUUUAUAUAACUAAAUCUCUAAUACCAUGGAAAAAGACCUCACAAAAAGCCAACUGUAAACAUGAUAAGGUAAAUAACUUCACCUGCUGUUGCUUCCCAGCUCAUAUUGCCAUUUUCAAAGCAUGCUCCUCUAAUUUUGUAAUGACAGCAGUUUAUAGAAGUUUGCUUUACACAUUUGCUCCUCGAGUCUGUGUUGUAAUACACUAAUGGCAACACCCAGCAGUCUCAGCUAGCUAGCUCCCAAAAGUUGCAUUGAUGCAUUAGCAGUUUUUGAAUUAGGCUAGUUAGCUGUGCACAUGUCUGUGUGUUGCCGUCUUUCUUACCCUUUUGUUACAAAAUACUUUCUAACAGUCUGAUUUAUAAAAACUGUAGCUAUAACUUUGUUGCUAAUUGCUUUUUAAAAACUUGUUAUCAAGGAGUGUGAAAAGUAGCUAGUUUGUUUUGGGCUGUGAUUGCUAGCUAAUUAGUCGGCUAAAGCAACGUUAACAUGCAGCCAUCAGUUAGCUAGGAUGAAUGUUUUUAUUUCUAAGAUAAUAUUUGCUUAGCUAAUUCAUCAGGUGUUUAGGCUAAGUCGUGGGUAGCUGACCUGAUACUUGCAAUAUUGUGACAAACUGAUCAGAUAGUGUGAAAAGAUUCAUGUAUUGCAUCGAGAUGAGCUCAUUGAAUGCUGUUAAAGACAUAGUCACGGGACACCAUUACAGUUAAUUGAACAUUAGUUUGCAAGUACUGUAAACACACUUGUUUGUUUGACAUCAUGAAAACACUCCAGUCUCCCAUUUAUUAAAGAACAGAUAAUCAAUGUAUGGUUGUCAGUAAGGUCAGUAGUUCAGGAUUAAGAAAUCCACAAGGAGUUAACUCAAAAAUCAAAGCUUCAUCAAAUAUUUACACACAAAGACUGGACCAAAAUGCAUGAUGAGUUCACAUCCUACUGUAUAUCAUUAUUUUGGGAAUUCAUCCUUUGUGGUGUGUCAUAGGCUUGCAUCAUUUAAACCUGGAAGUGAUAUAAUGUUUGUUAAUAUUUGUAUUGUUUUAAAAGCUGGUUCAAUUCAU